CCCGUCUACGGGAACUAACAUGUUCCGCGAUCAAAAUGGAAUCAGCUGAUCGGAAUUGACUCACAGUUCCCGGAGCAACGAGGACACGACAAGACAAAAAAGAAGAAAAGAAAACCAACCAUGGAAUAACACAAUAAUUGUGAUUUGACAUUGCGACAGGAAGUGUUCACUUCCCAACUGAAAGUUUGGUCAGAGUUUUCACGUUGGGAUUCGGCGACUUUUGCUCGUAACGUGUCGUGUGAUGGCCGCUGCAUUUUACACCGUCACCUCUGUCUGACAUCGAUCGGCGUGGGGGAACGUCGUCCUAUGACAUGUCGGCCCUGGCAGCGAAGAUGCUGGCGCUGGCAGUCCUGCUGGCAGUCACGAUGAUCUUCGGUCUGGUGCCCCUCUGCCUGGUGCAGGGGGCGGGGCCCUGCGCCCUCAGGCCAGCGUGUCGUGGGCGCGCACAGGCUCUGAUUAACAGUUUUGGGGCCGGCGUGUUCCUGGCCACGUGCCUGCUGGACCUCCUCCCAGAUUACCUGAGCGGCUUCUACGACGCCUUUGCCCACGCGGGGCUCACGCUGCAGUUCCCGCUGGCCGAGUUCAUCGUGGCGAUGGGCUUCUUCGUGGUUCUGGUUUCGGAGCAGCUGUUCUUGGCCUUCACCGAAGAGCCGCGGAAGCUGGGCCAGGAGGGGCGGGGCCUCCUGGUGGAUGGUUACGGCGGUGAGCAGGCCAGCUACGAGGUGGAUGACCAAUGUCACCCGCAGGCGCGCCCGCUGCCUGCGUCGCCAUCCGUGUUGCGCGCCUCGGUUUUGGUCUCCUCAUUGUGCCUACAUGCGGUGUUUGAGGGGCUGGCGGUUGGUCUGUUGGGCGGGGGCCGGGAGGUGGCGCAGGUGUGUGCGCCGCUCGCCAUCCACAAGAGCAUGGUCGCGCUCAGCCUGGCCUUCAAGCUGGCUCACACCGGGCUCCGGCGCGCACCGCUGCUCGGCAGCCUGCUGCUUUUUGCCUCCGCCGCACCGGUAGGCAUGGGCGCGGGCGCUUUCCUCUCGGAGAGCGCGCUGUCGCCGCGGGCUGGAGUGGCACGUCGGACGCUGGAGGGUGCGGUGGCGGGCGCUUUCGUCUACAUCACCUUCAUGGAGGUCCUGCCGCGGCAGUUAGGCCGCGGGCGCCGCCGCCUGGCCGAGGUGGCCAUCACACUGUUGGGUUUCACCGCCGUCACCGCUGUGCUCUUUGUCAAAAUGUGACCGCCGCCGCCGCUCCUCUGAAAGAGGGAGUGAAUUUUAAAAAACGACAACAAAAACAAGCAAUUGAGAUGUUUACAACAUAACAAUGAAGAUGAGAUGUGGUAUUGUUACUCAUUAAAAGUCAUCUGUUUAUUUUG